UAACUGCGGUCACACGAUAUUUCUUAUUUAGUUUCGCACGUGUUUUUGAGUUUGUUAUUAAAUUGAGUAUAAAUUCGAAAUGGGAUUUGGACGGCCUAGUGGUAAUGGUUCUGGCAGAGGAUUUCGUGGCGGCGGCGGUGGAUUUAACAGAGGUGGCCCUCGUGGUGGACGAGGAACUUUUGAUAAUGGCCCACCAGAUCGUGUCAUUCCAUUGGGCAACUUUGUUUACUCCUGUCAAAACGAUUUGGUCUGCAAAGUCGAAAUCCAAGAUGUCCCGUAUUUUAAUGCUCCCAUAUUUCUUGAAAAUAAGGAACAAAUAGGAAAAAUUGAUGAAAUAUUUGGAACAGUUCGUGACUUUUUCGUAUCCGUCAAAUUAUCGGAUAACGUCUAUGCUAACAGCUUCAAUCCGAAUCAAUCAUUAUAUAUCGAUCCUGGCAAACUAUUGCCAAUCGCUAGAUUUCUUCCUAAGCCUCCACAACCGAAAGGAGUUCAGAAGAAGUCCAGUCGCGGUGGAGCUGGUGCUAUGUCUGGCUUCCGGGGUGGUUCAACCCGCGGUGGAUCAGGUGGACGCGGCGGUGCGAGGGGUGGCGGAAGAAAUAAUUUUGGAAGCGGCGGUGGAUUUAGAGGGCGUGGCGGUGGCGGAGGUGGAUUCAAUAGAGGAAGAGGAGGCGGUGGCUCCUCUGGCGGACGUGGGCGUUGGUAGUUCCUUUGGUGAUGUCAAAACUUAAAUCACAAAGAAAACCUAAAAACUAUAAUGUGCUCUGACUUUUCAUUUAAUUAUACAAAAUUUAAAAACAAA